AUGACAGCGAAACGGAUCGUCGUGUACAGCUGUACACACGAGCUCCCAGACACCCAGGCAUACAUAGAGCGGGCCCAGGCCACACCCUAUCAAUACCGACACCCGAUCGUAAAUCGCUUAAGGAGAGCCUUUUCCUUAAACGAAACCAUCAGAAGACCAAGCAUGGAUCUUUGCCCUGUAUGCCAGGCAAAGGCCCGCCAGCGUUCUCGACCAGGACCGCAAGCGCAGCCCGGCCCACGUCCUCGCGGACAGACCCUACAAGAUCGCACGCAUCCGGUACACGCACCCCAGGUAAGACCUCAAGUUCCAGCUCGCGGCUCGCCAGACUCAACCGACUCCCAAUCCCAAGUUCCACAACCGUGGAACAUGGCCGAUGGUCCGCCUGAUCUACCAGUUUUACUUCCACCUCGAAACACGAUCACUCCCCCACCACAACCCAACGCACAGUUGUGGAACAUGGCGGAAGGUCCACCGGACCUCCCUGUUCUUCAAUUUCCCAACACCCCCGCGUCUCAGCCACAGGCCGAUACAGAGUCAUGGCCUCUCCCCGCGAGUACCACCGGCUUGCCAGGCACAGACGUUCUCAUGCGGGGAUGGGAUGCGGUGAGGCGUCGAGCUGCACACCAACGAAAUCUUGCAGGACAAGAGCUUCAGAGAAGUGUAACCGACUUCCCACGCAGAUCAUCCCCACCUUCGCCUCCACCAAAGGACCAUGGUUUACACCCCCGGGUGAACGCCUGGGUCAGACAACAAACCUCCGAGACGCUCAGGAGACACCACGAGCGAAUCACCCGACCACUCGAAUCCCAGUCUUCCGAGUCCAGACCAAGGACUCCGGUCAUCUUAAUCCCCGAUCCUCUCACUUUGACUCCUUCUACCACUCGUGGUGAGGAGGGCCGAGCUGAGUCGCCAACGGAUCCGGGGAUGAGGUUUCCGAACUGGCUUUGA